AUGUGUAUGUUUAAAUUAUACUAUACCACUAUGACUUGUAGGAGUGGACCGAUUUAUAAGACUACAGAGAAAAAUAUUGACGAAACUAUGAUACGCAGUACCAUAUUCCUGGGUGUUUUUGUCGUGGCAUUUGCUGAGCACUGGACAGUGCUUAACAACAACACAAAAAGAUACUGCAUCAUCCUGGAUUCCGCCUCAGUGACAAUGACAGUCAAAUUCACAGGGAAGGAUGGUGUCGUAGAAACGUACAAUGCGGCAAUCAACGGAACACAUGAUGUGUCUGGAAACUGUCAAGAUACUUAUGGAAACCAAACCGCUCAAUCAGUUAAGGUAAGUUUCUUCCCUGCUGGAGAGGAAACACCAGCCAUCGCUGCUCAGCCAUGGGAACUAGAGCUCUUUUUUGGAUCUGAGGAGAAGACCUACGCAUUCGGACUGUUGGACUACUCUCUCACUACGGCUCCUGCACUAGGAAUGAACGCUUCGUCAAUCUAUAAAUUUACGAAGGCAAACGACCACAUAGAUCUCCAGGCUCAGGGCACAAACGCCUUUAAGUGUUCUGUCAGUGGUCUUGCUCUCUCGAAUGAUUCCAUUAUUGAGAUGAAAGAUGUUCGUGUUAUUGCAUUCGCGCAGUUGGAUCAGCCAAGCUUCCCGGAACAGCAGAUCUACGAGCAAUGUUUACUUGACUCUCGCACGUCUGAUAUUGUGCCGAUCGUCGUUGGUGCGUGUUUGGCUGGUCUAGUGGUGGUCGUACUAGUCGCCUAUCUCAUUGGGAGAGCCCGGGCCAAGCGUGAGGGAUAUGCUAGCGUCUAA